AUGGGUCUGGGUCAGGGUUCAGAAUUUAUUAACCAACGCCAUGAACGAUUCCGACGGCGCAACGUUCGUCGAGCGACUAUCGAAAAGCGUGGUAAGAAGCCGGGCAAAUCCGCUAUGGUGGUCGCCGUGGACAGUUAUCUUAAGUCCCUAAGUGGUGGUACAGCCUCCGAUCUGUAUCAAGCAGCGCGGAAACUCUCAGCACACAACGAUUUUUUCGCUGCAAACCACACUGCGCUGAGUUUGCAGCUGCUCGAUACGUUGGCAGAACAUCUUCUCGCUGUUGUGGCGCCGAAUAAGGCAGCAGGCGUACAGGACGAGACAUCCACAGAGUACUCGCAGUCGACCCAGAUUUACGCCAAGGAGAUGAAGAAGAUCAAACAUUUCUACCGUUCGUUGACGAUCUUACUUAACAGCACGGAGGACGCUGAGCUGCUGGUGUUUAGCAUCCUCGCACGUCUGUGCUUACUGAGUCAAUGGGAAGCAAACUUUUCAGAUUUUGCUUCAUUUCCCAACACCAUGGCUCCUCGCCAGGUAAAGACUAAGUUCCUCACACUCCUUGUGUCCCUCUCGUUGGUUCUAAGCUCGAUCAACGCGAACGUGUGGCCGACCAACGGUGUGUGUGGCUCCCGUGUUCGCUAUUCAUGGGACGCGCUCUCUGUUGACGACAAGAAACUGUAUCGCGAUGCCAUUGCCUCAGCAAUGAGUACAGGAUACCACACACUCUUCGUGGAGGUGCACUCGGAUAUAAAAUCCUUCAAGGAGGCUCACAACACGUGUGGAAUGAUGUUUUGGCAUCGUCGCUACUUGCUCGCAUACGAGGAUAUGCUUCGCAGUCUCGGUACAAAAUUCGCGUGUAUCACGAUCCCAUACUGGGACUAUUUCGCGGACUACGCCAAGUUCCUGACCAACGUGUGUACUACUUUUGAGGAUUGUUCGUCAUUCCUGAAAGAUAUGGGCGGCAGUUCGGGACCGGUUACAUCCCAAACGAUCAACGGGUUCGUCGUCAAUGGGAACUGCGUCAACGGUUUAUCAUCACCGUACGCAAACUUCACGAGUUUCUGUGAGAAAUCGACGAUAAGUGGAUCUUCCUGUUCGGGUUGCAUUCCUCGAGGUUCGUGGUCGUUAGUGAACUACCCAUCCGGCAUAUGCUACUCGUCCCUAGCAAAAUAUCUCAGCCUCCAGUUCGGCUACGCGUGGUUCUCUCAGAACAUUCACUACGGGUUGCACCAGUCCAUCCACAACAUGGCUAUGGGCACCCUAGCUACGUAUCCGACAUCGGCAGACCCCAUCUUCUACAGCCACCACGCUACAGUUGACUUGAUUCACCAGCUCUACUUCGACUGUCAGAUUGGACGGAGGCUGACAGAUUCGGAGAAACGAAACGGGGACUACGCGUUUGAGUCCUGUGCUCAAGCGGAUUAUACCGGUGUGCCCCCGACGUCCACGUCGACUUUUACAAUGUACUGGAAUGCAGUGGGACAAACCAGAACCCCUGUUGAGAGCCACCCUCGUCUGGGCCAGUUCUUCGUUAGCCAGCCGAAAGAGUACUGGCAAUACGUUAGUGGUACCGACUUGGGGAGUCUCUCGUACUCGUACGCAGCAGAUGAACUUUUCGUUCUGCUCAAGGAUCAGGGUUUGUCGUGUCCCAAGAGCCACACGAGGAGGCUAUUCGAUGUCAACUACGUGGAUGUGCCGGUCACCGCCGAUCGGAAGCGAAAGGCUAUCGGACGAAGCUUCAACUUGUUCCAGGACAUCUACGAUGCUGCUCUUACAAACACUAGCUCCCACGCAGAAGCCAUUGACCAGGGCCAAACCGUGGAUUGUCUCUGGUACGAUGAAAACUUCGGCGUGGACGAUUUCAGCCCAGAGUUUAGAGCAAAUUGGAACCUGCCAAGUACUGCGCACACAUUCUGCUACAAUCGGGUACAGGAAGUCAGGACUGGUCGGAAGCAGGUGAAGGUAGGACGCUGGAAGGACAAGUUUCGAUUCCACUACUUCACGAUGACGGACACUCAGCUAGCGAGUGCAUCGGAAAUCACGUCUACGGAUGAAGCGGCGAUAAUAAGUAGCGCGGACGCGUCAACAACUUCAACUCCUACUACUCUAACAGACACAACCACGACGACCACUACCAACGCAGCUACCGUCACCCCAGGCGUCUAA